GGCUAAUUGGGAUUUAUGUCUCUUUUGGCAGCAGUAGGACAACCAAACAAGUUUGUGUGAGCGGUGUGUAGAAACAGUAAUUACAGAAUAAUUUACUGUAUAUCUUAUUUAUUAAUUGUCUUUGGCACUUUGAAAGCUUUAUUGAAACCCUUAACGGAGAGGUUUCUCAACAGGUAAUAUUGAGGGCCUUUCACUCUAACUUCUGUCUGUACUGCUUUGUCUCAUUCCAAAAGGAGUGGAGUUUCAUCCUGAUUAUUGUUUGUCUAUUUUAAGCUAAGAUUAUUUUCUUUAUUUUUUAGUAAGAUGUUAGUCUUACUUAACCAUAAGCUACUGUGUUCAAUGCCAACACUCUAUUGAACUUUCCCUAUUUAUCAUACCAGAGUAACUCGCAUACAGUUCAGAUGUGUUAAACUUUGGGAUACUUUCACACCCACUGUCUCCAACUGUACAGGGUGGUUCUUUAUUGAGGCUUAAGUUCUCUGGUUGAGUAGUGAAGCCGCCUCACACUCAGACUGAAACAUAGAACCAGACUUCUCACUCUUAAUAUGAUAAUUAUAUGCAUUUCUUUUGUAUUCAUUUGAAAUGCACUGAGACAAGGUGUCCCCCUCCCUCAGAUAAGGCCCAUGAGGCUUGUGUAGGGGGUGCAUUUACCUUUUGUGCUGUGUGAUAAUAUUGAAGUGUGUCAGAACUCUUGCCCAAAUGCCUUAUGAGGGUUGCACACCUGAUUUUAAAAUAAAUACAUAAUUAAAAGUGCAAGUUAUGGAAAUAAAUUAGGGCUUAAAUUUUCUGUCUAAUCACUAUUGUUUGAUGUCUGUUUCUAAGGAACACUUCAGAAAUAAAAUUCCUUAUUUAUAAUAAAAAAGAGGGACCAUUCAACAAAACCUUUAAAAACAUAAUGGGUUACUAUCAUUAACUUUUGAGUAACCAGACAAACCCUUUGCUCUAAAACAAGAUCCGAACUUGUUAUAUCAUUGAUAAUGUUGUAAUAUGUCACACUUCCUCUUUUACAGAGCAACACUUUUUUACAGUGUUAACUUCUUGAAGUUUGAAUGCCUUAAAAGAAUGGCAAAUUUUUUCAAAGAAUGUUUUUGCCCACUGUAUGUACCGUAAAUAAACCAAAUUUUCUACUUGUGACAAAAUAUGUUUUGCUGUUUUUUGUUGGAAUUCUGUAAUACUCUUUAUUCGUAUACUGAAUAAAAAAUAUGAUCAUACCAUUUCUCUUACACUUUUUUUUUUUUUUUUUUAAAUCAGUGGCUUGUGAUAAAAAAAAUACAAUAAUAACACCACUGCUGAUAAUGAACUAUUAUUAAAGUUAGUGUAUUAACUAUACUGUAAAGAACUAUUUUUAAAGCAACAAAGUGAUUUGCAAUGUGUGCCAUAAAUAAAAAGUCACUGUCAAAAAGUGGUGCUUAAUUAUUACAUGUAAAAUGUAGUUUCUCACAUCUGAAACCUAUUUUGAAAAAACUAUGCACUGUGACAUACAAUAGUUUCAUAUUGAAAUAAUUUCACUUGUGAAAUGCCCAAAAAGCACAUGAGUUUAAAUGUAAAUUCAUCACAUGAAAAGUUAACCUCUGGAUGUUAACUGGCAGUUGUGCUCUACUACACAACAUGUAGAAUCUGAAGGUUUUUAUCUUUAUCUAGUUCUUCCUGUUUUCGUGCAUGUUGUGACGUCGUCUCCUGUCUACAUGCCUAUACUGAUGGGGAUCUUAUCUCUGCUGUUCAUGCUUGGCUCACUUGUUUCACGCAAAUGUAACGUUGCUGUAAAAUCGCUGCACUUGCUUUGGACGGGCUCAGAGUCACCGUCACCCCCCUCACCUGUCAGGAUGUUCAUGCAUUUGGAGGUUUUCUAUUACAUUUUCAUUCUCCUGGCUCACAUGAGGUCAUACGGUUGCUGGUCAGUGAAUAAUUUCUUGAUGACUGGACCCAAGGCAUAUCUGAUCUACUCCAGCAGUGUGGCAGCAGGAGCUCAGAGUGGCAUAGAAGAGUGCAAAUACCAGUUUGCGUGGGACCGCUGGAACUGCCCCGAGAGAGCUCUGCAGCUGUCCACUCACAGCAGCCUGCGCAGCGCAAAUCGGGAGACAGCGUUCGUUCAUGCCAUCAGCUCCGCAGGAGUCAUGUACACUUUAACCAGGAACUGCAGUCUCGGAGACUUCGACAACUGUGGCUGUGAUGACACCAGGAACGGACAACGAGGCGGUCAUGGUUGGCUCUGGGGCGGCUGCAGUGACAAUGUUGGCUUCGGCGAGGCCAUCUCCAAACAGUUUGUGGAUGCGUUGGAGACUGGGCAGGAUUCACGGGCAGCCAUGAAUCUCCACAAUAACGAGGCCGGGCGCAAGGCUGUGAAGGGGACCAUGCAGAGGACAUGUAAGUGCCACGGGGUGUCAGGAAGCUGCACCACCCAAACCUGCUGGCUGCAGCUGCCAGAGUUCAGGGAGGUGGGGAACUACUUGAAGGAGAAGUACCACAGGGCUCUGAAGGUGGAUCUCCUCCGAGGAGCGGGGAACAGCGCGGCCAGCCGGGGGGCCAUCGCCGAGACCUUUAACUCCAUCUCUCGUAAGGAGCUGGUCCACCUCGAAGACUCCCCCGAUUACUGCCUGGAAAACCGCACUCUGGGCUUGCCGGGCACAGAAGGCCGCGAGUGCCUCAAGAAGGGCAAGAACUUGAGCAAAUGGGAGAAACGCAGCUGCAAAAGGCUAUGUGGAGAGUGCGGGCUGGCUGUGGAGGAGCGUAAAGCUGAGAUGGUGUCGAGCUGUAAUUGUAAAUUCCACUGGUGCUGCGCGGUGAAGUGUGAGCAGUGCAGGAAGACAGUGACCAAGUACUUUUGUGUAAAGAAAGGUGGUCAGAGGGGAAGGAAUGAGAGUGCCGGUAGCCGCCGGAAGAACCUCAGACUGAGGAAGAAGCACUGAGCAUCCUCAUCACUUCUCCCCUGCUGUCAUCGCAUUUGUACCACUGCAGCUCCGGUCAACACCCAAACUCUUUGUCUGUUCAGAUAGUGUGUGAUUUGGACAAAGCUUAGCAAACAUACAAUUUCAGACCAUCUUGUCUUUUUUUUUCUUUUAAAAGUUAAAGACAGUGGGAUGUGCACAAAGCCACGUGAUAGAGAAGUUUACAACUUUUUAGAAUCUUUGGUAUAAAUGUAUUUAAAAUAUAUUUUUUAUACUUUGUACAACAUCUUGAAAAGUCACUGGGCAUUUGAGGAGUAUUUCUCUAACUUCAAAAUUAUCCACAACAUGCUUUAUUUAUUUUCAUGCAUACACAUACACCUUGGGGAAAAACUGAGCGGUGGAUGAUUUGACUGCUUGGCAACAAUAUAAUUAGCUUUUAAAAUCACACAAGAACCCUUCUGGUUGUAUUCCCAUGAAUGACUAAGACUGUCAGCCGUAUUCUUUGUAUAUUCCAUCUAUCACUGCCGAGCGUUGAAUUUAUUUAGAAACAUUUUGACAUUUCUUGGGGAAAAGUCUGCUCUCCCAUCAUCUGGCCCGCCCUGACCUUUGCUGCCCUCUUGAUGUAUUUAAUUGUAUAUAAAAUGAAGCACUUUGUACUGUACAUUGUUAAUUUAUUGCACAGCAUUUCCUAGUUUUGCUUUAUUGAUAGUUGCCUUUGUGGUUUGUUUUCUAUUCAAAUGUAAUGAAAGAAUAAUAAAUCCUUCGAUCUUAUAUAUCA